UACCGAAGAAGGCCGGCCGUUGCUCGAAAUCCAUGUAGGCAUUUAAUAGGGCCCUUUUUUCUCUACCUCUGUAAAAAAAAAAACUGCGAUGCCAUUCUGUCUUCGCCUCACUUCUCGUAGUUUCACUCUAGCUGGUCCGAUCACCGUGAGCCGCCAACCCAUCGCUCCCCCGCACUUCCGCUUUACACGUGUGGUCGCCGCCGGUUCAGACAUGGCCGCUAGCACAGUCCGAGUUGCCGCCGCCCAGAUGACCUCCGUUAACGAUCUCGCCGCCAAUUUCGCUACAUGCUCUCUCCUUGUCAAAGAAGCAGCGUUGGCUGGGGCAAAAUUGCUUUGCUUUCCCGAAAGCUUCUCUUAUGUGGGUGCCAAGGAUGGGGACAGUGUCAAGAUCGCAGAACCCUUAGAUGGACCAAUUAUGCAAAAGUAUUGCUCUCUAGCAAGAGAGUCCAGCAUUUGGCUGUCACUUGGAGGCUUCCAAGAAAAAGGACCUGAUGAUGAACACCUAUGUAACACGCAUGUUGUGAUUGAUGAUGCUGGGAACAUCAGAAGCACUUAUCGGAAAAUACACUUGUUUGAUGUGAAUGUUCCUGGCGGAAGAGAAUACAAGGAAAGUAGCUUUACAGAAGCAGGAAGGGAUAUUGUUGCUGUAGACAGCCCCAUUGGACGUUUGGGCCUAACAGUUUGCUAUGAUUUGAGAUUCCCAGAGCUUUACCAGCAGCUUAGAUUCCAACAUGAUGUGCAGGUCCUAUUGGUUCCCGCAGCUUUCACUAAAGUGACUGGUCAGGCACACUGGGAGAUUCUUCUUCGUGCUCGUGCAAUUGAGACUCAAUGUUAUGUUGUAGCUGCUACACAAGCUGGAAUGAACAAUGAUAAAAGAGAAAGCUAUGGUGACUCAAUAAUAAUUGAUCCAUGGGGAACUGUAGUUGGUCGACUGCCUGAUCGAUUGUCAACAGGAAUUGCUGUAGCUGAAAUUGAUUUCUCACUAAUUGAUUCAGUAAGAGCGAAGAUGCCAAUUGCCAUGCAACGGAAGCCAAUUGACUUCUGGAAAUCAGCAUCUCAAUAAAUUGUGGACCUGGCAUAUAAAUCAUGCAUCUGCUGCCAUCCAGGUGAUAUGCCAGAGCCAUUUCAAGCUUUCGUGAACUUUUAUGUAAGAAGAAAGAGCAACUUGCUUGGUUUAUGGGAGAUAAUGUUACUUGGCGAUCUGAAUUGGCAUAAUUACCUUUGUCAGAGACUCGGCGAGCUAUUAAAUAUGUAUUGUCCCUACAAAUGCAUUUGUCUAUACAUAAAUUUCUGGAUUAUUACGUU